AUGUCGGAGGACGGCGAAGAAUUUCGACCGUUAUCACCAGAAGAUCCAGUCUCUCCGAGCUACAGUCAUCAUUCAUCGCCACACUCUAACGGUAGAAAUGCUCCAGAAUCACCGACGGGGGACAGCGCGGACAUUUACAAGGAUGAGGAUGCUGAGCCCGCACCUGCCAGUCCAGUACAGUCCAAAUCUCCGUCGCCGGUCAGAUCUACUACCAAAGUCGCUAUAGAGAGUGAUGAAUCAGACGGCGAAGGAACUUCUGAUAAACGAGCUCUUAUCGAUUCUGAUGCGAGCGAUGUGGAAACAAAGAAAAAGUUAGUUAAUACUUGAGUUUACUUACGCUCAUCCGUUUAUUAAGGAAGAAAUUUACUUUUGACGAUGAUUCCGAUGACGAAGAUGUUGAGAAGAAGGAACCUACGGGAAAACAGUUGUUUGGCAGCGACAGUGACGAUGACGAUGAUGCUCCCAAAAAGACAAACACAGAGGAUCUGGAUGAGUUGGUUGUCGGUCAUCAGGGAGAAGAAGAUAAACAAGAAACCAGAGCGAGAAGCGACAGUGAUGAUGACGACGGUCCGAGAGACAGACAUAGCCGCACUUUCGAAUGGGACUUUGAUAAGAUGUUGGCCGAGAAAAAAGCUGAGAGGAAGAGAAAGACUCGGCGUGGGAAAGAUGGCGGGAUCGAUAUUAUCAAUGACGACGAUGGUCUGGUGGUGAGACUCACAGAACGCAUGAAGGCGGCUGCCAAGUCGGACCGUAAUGCUAAUGUCGAAAGGAAGCCGGCCUUCCAGAAGAUCAAGAUGCUUCCAGAAGUGAAAGCGAUGCUGCUCAGAGCUGGUAUCGUAGACGCUCUGAUUGAGAACGGGUUUAUGAGCGCGCUGUCCGAGUGGCUGGCUCCGUUGCCGGACAAGUGUCUUCCUGCUCUCGACAUUCGCAUAACCAUACUCAAACUGCUUCACAAUCCACGCUUUUGGAAGCUGGACAGAAGUACUUUGAAGCAAUCUGGUCUCGGAAAGGCCGUCAUGAUGCUUUAUAAGCAUCCGAAUGAAACAAAAGAGAAUAAGGCAAUCGCCAACAAAUUGAUUGGAGAGUGGGCGAGACCCAUUUAUCAUUUGGACGCUGAUUACAGUACAAUAAGUCGAGAUGAGCGGAAGGAAAGAGAUUAUGCCAGAGUUCCGGAGAAGAGACGUCAUAUUUUGAAGUAACCAAAAUUGAGUGACAAUUAUGUGCAACUUUUUUUUCAGUAGUCAAGAUGACGAUGAGGAGCUAAGCGGUGACCAGAAAAAGCCGAGGAUCAAGGAGUCGGAAUGGCUGGAUCCGACUAAGUCGGGAGAACUGAAGCCCGGAGACAAGGGAUACAUCAAUCGAGCUCGUGUUCCGAAGCCAUCCACUAAGGACUACGUCGUCAGACCGGAAUGGAAGGUGCACGGAAAGUUCGGUGGCGUGAGUUUCUUCAUGAGAUGCAGACGAGUUUGAUAAUUUUAUUCCAGGAGAAAAAGGCAACAGGAACUACUCGUUACGAAUCGACAUUUCGUGAUUUCCAGGAAAGAACGAAGAAGUCGAAAGCCAAUCGCAUUGUGAAAGUGUCACUCGAAGGAAGAAACAUGGGAAUUUAG